CGAGACGCCCCUUUGGUGGGUUCUAGCAGUUAUCAUGGGCCAUCUUACAAGUAUUUGCCUCCACCUCCACAAAUAGCUAGUGGCUACGAUUCUUAUUCUACUGGAGGUCAUCACUCCUUGGGAUUAGGCUCAGGUUCAACUUUUGGAUCUUCCGGUUUGGGCUACACCUACUCAGGUCAUCGUCAGGGUGCUCAUCAUGGUUCCCAUUAUGCUGGAGGUGUGGGUAGUGUUAAGCUCUCUGGCGGAGGCCAUGGUUAUAGUGGUGCUUCGUCCUUCCCUUCACAUGGCUUUGCAGGAGGACAUGGACAUGGUUAUUCUGGCUCUAGCUCGGCAUCACAUGGCUACAGUGGAGCUUCUUAUCCCUCUCACAGCCAUAGCGGAGGUUAUUCUUAUAGCGGUAGCAGUGGUGCAGGUUCACAUGGCUACAGUGGUGCCUCACACAGCUUUGGAGGAGGUCAUUCGGUAGGCAGCUCCGCAGGACACGGUUAUAGUGGUGGUGCAGGACACAGCCAUUCUCAUGGUUAUCCCACUUCAAGUUUAGGUCAUAAAACGGUUUCCUCGGCAGGACACGGUUAUGCCCUCAGUGCUGGUCAUAUUGGCUCGGGAGCUGGCUUGGGCAGUGGUUAUCAUUAUGCCAAAGGAAUAAGUGGAUCUUUGCCAGCUACUUCUUCAUUGGGUCAUGGAUAUUCUGGUCAUGGACAUUCCUCUCAUGACUUUUCAGGACAUGGCAUAGCUGCAGCUGUUGGUGCUGCUUCGGCAUCUUCGCAUGAUGAUCAUCAUCACCAUGUACACAAUGGCAAUCAAGAACAUCAAUUUGUGGUUGCCAACGCAGGACAUGACGCAGGAUUUGAUGGUCACUCUGGAGCCAGUGACUCUGGCUAUCACUUUGAGGCUCCCUCCCACACCUAUUUACCACCUCCAGUUCCCUCCAGCAGCUAUGGUGUUCCUUUGGGAACAAUAGGCUCCAGUUAUUCCCCCAAAUAUCAUGAUACGCCCGCCUAUGCCGCAGGACACAAGGGUUUGGGCCACUUCGGUUUUACCAACAAUAAACCCAAUGCUUUGCAUACCUCUUUCAUUGAUUCGGGUUUUAAGACACCAGCCUAUAGCAAAGUGCCUUUCAAGCCUUCCACCUUUUUGGGAUCGAAAUUUGAGGGAUCCUCUGCACAAGCCCCUAGCCAACAAUAUCUACCCCCUUCGGGAGUGGGAGCCGAAUCUACCGGUUAUGAUUAUCCAGUGCCCACAGGACCUGCCCUACAAUUCGGUGAUCAUUCCUUCCAAGGCCAGGCUCUGGAAGGUUCCACCAGCAGUCAUCAACCUGAAAGCACUUAUUUGCCACCCCAUGAGGUCGCAGCAACACCAAGUGCUAGUUAUUUGCCACCCACUGGCAAUUCAUAUGGCCAUUAGAUAUUGCUUUUCAUUUCCGAAUGAAAAAUAUAUUUAAUUACUAGCCCACAAUUCAUUGUUAUCCCUUGUCGCCCCUCCCACGAUAUCAUCCACCCCUCAAAUCUACAAAAAGAGACAACUCAUAUUAAUAAGUGCUGCAUUUAAUUUAUUUUAUGUAAACCAUCACAUACGUAUGUAUGUGUGUUUGUACUUUGUAACAUCAUGCAAAACUGUAUUAUAGUUUAAGUGAAUAAAAUUGUAAAUAACAACAACAAAUAAA